ACAGUUGCAAUGGCAAACAUGGUCUUUGUUGGUGUUAAGGUUGCUGCUGUUUCUCUACCACCAUUACCCAUUACAAACAAAGCUCUAACUUUUAGUUUCACCCAGAAGAGACACUUCCUUCUCCUGAAUUGCUCCCGAACCAAUAACAGAACAUUGUCUUUCUCUUCUUCCUUCUCAAUUUCAUCAUCUCCCCUCACAAACAAGGGUGGUUGUUCUGUGUUGGCUUGUCUCCCUCCUGCUUCGUCUGAAUCCUCAACCUCAUCAUCUUCCACUGCUAAACCCUCUUCCACUUUCCCUUCAACUAAGCUUUAUGUCAGUGGGUUAUCAUUUCGUACCACUGAAGAAAGUUUGCGAAAUGCUUUUAAGAAUUUUGGUCAACUCGUGGAAGUCAAGCUGGUGAUGGAUAGAAUUGCAAAUAGACCAAGAGGGUUUGCUUUUCUUCGUUACGCAACUGAAGAAGAAUCUCAGAAGGCUAUUGAGGGAAUGCAUGGAAAGUUUUUGGAUGGUAGGGUCAUAUUUGUGGAAGUUGCCAAACCGAGAUCAGAGCUACCGCAGCGGAACAGGCAAGGCACAAGAUUGUUGUAAUACGAAGAACCAAAGUUUGUUCAUUUUGGUGUGCAAUAAGAACUAUUGCUGCAGUGUACUUGACACUUUAUAUAAAAAUACUCUGAUCAUGAAACUUUGUUGGCUCCCUCCUACCUCCCCAACUGAGGCUGCAGUGGAACUCAUUUAUAAACCAACUGUCAUUUCAUUACCGGGCUCUAUAUUAUCAGAAUUGAUUA